GUGUUGUCAGCGGGUUGUGUUUACAGCUCGGCUGGGAUGCCGUUCGCUGCUGAUGAUACGGGAAAAGUGCAAUGUUGUGCCAACCUCGGUGGGAAUAAGCACACUUGUGGGGAAAAGGUGAUUUUGCCCAUCAUCUCCCACCUCCUCCUGUCUUCCAUUCAUGAGCUGCAUUCCUGGUUUUAAGUGAAGCCAUCAUGGAGGACAAGAAGAUCAGUGUGUCUUCAGAUUCUGUGUCCACACUCAACAGUGAGGACUUUGUGCUUGUGUCCCGGCUUGGGGACGACACACCCUCGUCCACUAAUAAUGGUAGUGACGAUGAAAAGACAGGACUGAAGGUGAUUUCUGAGGAAGGGGUCAGCUUUAAGAUCGUUGGGAAUGGUAGUGAGCAGCAGCUGCAGAGGGAGUUGGAGGAUGUCCUGAUGGAGCCCUCAGGGUCUGACCCUGGACCAGACUCAGGGAUGGAAGGCCUCAGUGGACACCUGACUGUGUCAACGGUCCCACUAGGCUGUGACCCCCUCAGCACCAGCCUACCAUCUGUGGAAAUGGCUCUACCAGUGCAGACUGCUCAGGAGAGUGAGCUCAAUGAAAGGUCAUAUCGAGGUGAUGAGUCAUCCUCAGAAGGCAGUCCCAUCAGCCCUAUCCCAGAUGAGGACAGUAUUGUGUUUAGCCAGCUGACAUAUCUGGGGUGCGCUUCAGUCAAUGCCCCUCGCAGUGAGGUCGAGGCUCUCCGCAUGAUGAGUAUCCUCCGAGGGCAAUGCCAACUUCCCCUGGAUGUCACACUGUCUGUGCCAGGAGUCUCUGAAGGCACUGUCAGGUUAAUAGACCCACACAGCAGCACUGAAAUUGCCAACUACCCUAUCUACAAGAUUCUGUUUUGUGUGCGAGGCCACGAUGGUACACCAGAGAGUGACUGUUUUGCUUUUACUGAGAGCCAUUAUAACGCUGAAAUCUUCAGAAUUCAUGUAUUCCGUUGCCAAAUCCAGGAGGCGGUGAGUCGGAUACUGUAUAGUUUUGCCACAGCUUUUCGGCGGUCAGCAAAAAAGGCCCUGCUGGCUCAACAGGUUCCUCCUCUAACCCCUGACAGUGACCUCUUCACUUUCACUGUCAGCCUCGAGAUUAAAGAGGAUGAUGGGAAAGGCACCUUUAGUGCAGUAGCAAAGGACAAAGACAAGCAAAGUUUCAAACUCCGAGCCGGAAUGGACAAGAAAAUUGUUAUUUAUAUCCAACAGACGUCCAAUAAGGAAUUAGCCAUUGAAAGGUGUUUUGGUCUCCUGUUGAGCCCAGGAAAAAAUGUGAAGAAUAGCGAUAUGCACCUUCUUGACCUGGAAUCAAUGGGUAAAAGCUCGGAUGGGAAAUCUUACAUCAUCACAGGAAGUUGGAACCCUAACACACCACAGUUUCAACCUGUGAAUGAGGAAACUCCCAAAGAUAAAUUCAUGUAUAUGACCACCGCUGUGGACCUGGUGAUAACUGAGGUAGAAGAACCAGUUCGAUUUUUGCUGGAGACACGUGUCAGAGUAUGCGCUCCAAAUGACAGGCUCUUCUGGCCAUUUAGCAAGCGUAGCUACACUGAAACAUUCUAUCUUAAACUUCGACAGAUGGAGCGAAAAGAGCGUAAGAGUCCCUCAUCAGACACAUUAUAUGAGGUUGUCAGUUUGGAAAGUGAAACUGAGAGAGAGAGGAGGAAGACCACAGCAAGUCCUGGCAUCCAGCUUACUGGACCAGGAAACAUGGUACCCUCACCUCCUGAAGAUGAUGAGGAGGAAGAUAAUGAUGAACCAUUACUUAGUGGCUCUGGAGAUGUUUCAAAGGAGUGUGCAGAGAAGAUCCUGGAAACUUGGGGGGACUUGCUAUCUAAGUGGCACCUGAAUUUGUCAGUGCGUCCCAGACAGCUGCCUGCCUUGGUGCGUAAUGGCAUCCCUGAAGCUCUUCGAGGGGAAGUUUGGCAGCUCCUAGCAGGUUGCCAUAACAACGAUCACUUAGUUGAAGAAUAUCGCACUCUAAUAACAAAGGAAUCUCCUCAGGACAGUGCUAUCACCCGAGACAUCAAUAGGACAUUUCCAGCUCAUGACUAUUUCAAGGACACUGGAGGAGAUGGACAAGAUUCACUCUACAAGAUCUGCAAGGCAUACUCUGUAUAUGACGAGGAGAUUGGAUACUGCCAGGGACAAUCCUUCUUGGCUGCUGUGCUGCUCCUGCACAUGCCAGAAGAGCAGGCCUUCAGUGUACUGGUCAAGAUUAUGUUUGACUAUGGCCUCAGGGACCUUUUCAAGCAGAACUUUGAAGAUCUGCACUGCAAGUUCUUCCAACUAGAAAGACUCAUGCAGGAGUACAUCCCUGACCUGUACACCCACUUUCUGAACGUGGGGCUAGAGGCGCACAUGUACGCCUCCCAGUGGUUCCUCACACUCUUUACAGCCAAGUUCCCUCUUUACAUGGUCUUCCAUAUCAUUGACCUGCUGCUGUGUGAGGGAAUCAGUGUCAUCUUCAACGUUGCUUUGGCACUCCUUAAAACCUCAAAAGAUGAUCUGAUUCAAGCAGACUUUGAAGGGGCACUUAAAUUCUUUCGGGUUCCUGUUCCAAAGAGGUACCGUUCAGAAGAAAAUGCCAAGAAACUGAUGGAGCUGGCUUGUAGCAUGAAGAUCAGCCAGAAAAAGCUGAAGAAAUUUGAGAAGGAGUAUCACACAAUACGAGAGCAGCAGGAACAACAGGAGGCGCCCAUUGAGAGAUAUGAGCGCGAGAACCGGAGACUGCAGGAAGCCAACAUGCGCCUGGAGCAGGAAAAUGACGACCUGGCACAUGAGCUAGUGAGCAGCAAGAUCGCCCUGCGCAAAGACCUGGACAAUGCUGAGGAGAAGGCUGAUGCUCUGAAUAAAGAAUUACUGCUGACCAAACAGAAGUUGGUGGAGUCAGAGGACGAGAAGAGGCGUUUGGAGGAAGAGUCGGCACAGCUCAAGGAGAUGUGCAGGCGGGAGCUUGACAAAUCUGAAUCCGAGAUAAAGAAGAAUGGCUCCAUCAUUGGGGAGUAUAAACAGAUCUGCUCUCAGCUGAGUGAACGAUUGGAGAAACAACAGACUGCCACCCGUGGAGAACUGGAGAAGAUCCGGUCCAAAGUAGAGGAAUGUGAAAAGUGCAGCAGUCUGUUCAACAAAGAGGGUCGCUUGAGGGCCACAGUGUGCUCGGCACCCCCCGGAGGCUCAGAGGAGACUGAUGAGGAGAAAGAGGCGCUGAAGAACCAGUUGAGAGAGAUGGAGCUGGAGCUGGCUCAGACCAAACUGCAGCUGGUGGAGGCCGAGUGUAAAAUCCAGGAUCUGGAGCACACACUAGGGCUGGCUCUGAAUGAGGUGCAGGCAGCCAAGAAAACCUGGUUCAACCGAACUCUAAGCUCCAUCAAGACAGUCACUGGGACACAGGGGAAAGAGACCUCCUAACCUGCCACCCUGAACCUAAACCACUCCCCCUUCAUCUGGAGAACCUGUGGAGCCCUCCAUUGUACAGCCCUGGGGCAUUAUUUUAACACUGACGUUGAACCCAAGACUGUCAGAAAAGAUCAUUCUGAAAUCCUUAAAAUGUUCCUGUAAUAUAAGUCCUAGCCAUUUCUUUGCCCAACCCAAAAGACUGCAGCGGGCUGCGCUGAUGAGGAGGGGCUGGAAAACAUAGUAUGAAGUACUGUGUUACUUCAAUAUCACAGAGAAAAGUGUCAGGAGGACAGCUACUCCUCUGGUGUGUCUAAGCACUGCUGAAGUCUGAGGAAACAAGACAUUUGAACUUGGACUCUCUGUUCUCACACUGCGCUGCGUGAUCCUCUCAAACUACUGGCACAAACUAUGUUUGAUUAAUUUUAUAGGUACGAGUGAUGGUAAUCUCCUUGUCAAACAGAGCUUUUCUAAUUUACGUUGAACAAGACUUUUUUAUGUUUCUAUCUGAAUGUGCUAACAGAGAAUGAUAGUAUCAGUCGUGUGUGUGUGUGUGUAUGUGUGUGUGGGGCGGGGUCAGUAUGAUUGAAUGCUUAACUAUUAUGUAUGUAAAAAUGCGUGCAAGUCCAAGAACGAUAAAGCACUAAGAACAUGAGUGAAUGCAUGCAGGAGUGAGGGAAGACGCUGUUCCCGGAAAUGUUCUGACAUAAAGACUGUCAAAGUCUUGAAAUAGGAAAAUGUCACUUAAACAAAUUUAAAUUUAAAAAAAUUAAAACUCUACUUGUAAUGUACAGCAUAAAAGUGCAAAUGGUGCUGUAAUUACAGAUUGAGAUUUAUUUGGUUUGCAUUUCAGCACAAGAUUUAAAGAGUUCCAAAUCUUACAUAACGGUGCAUGUUUGGAUGUUGAACUCUGCGCACAUGUAUAAAAUUAUGUCCUACAUAUUCAUAAGAGGAGAUGCAUUUCUCACAGUACAUGAAUGGCCUGUUACUUUGUGACUUUUGGCAUUGUCUGUCAGGGUUUUAUUUGGCACUUUACAUCAACUGUCAUUUCUUAAAGCCAAAAGCAAACUAUAUUACUGAGUAAAGGCUGAAGAUUCACCACAGCUUAAAUUCGGCCAAUUAUACUUACCACUGAAAUUUCAAGUUGUGAAAUCUCAGGAUUCUCCUGAAAUUGUAGAUGCCGAAAUUAGUACUUGAUUAGUACUUUUUGUUGCCAACUCAGCAAUAGGACCAGUCCUCUGCAGUGGAUUAAGUCAUGCCUCUGAUACAGCUUUAGUACAGAAGACACAUUAAUAAUUAAGUGGCCUCUUCUUAAAACAUAAAACAUUUAAGACAGGCCCCAUAACAUAGUAAUAAAGCAUUAGUUCAUUGUAAAUCCCAGGCCUCUUUCACAAUUCAGCAAAAACUGACUCGCCUUAAUUCGACAAAGCUAAUGAUUAGCUAGGUCCCCCUAAUAUAAUCACUGUGCUUAAUGCCUGCACUGAAAAUUGUACAUUUCAAAUGCUUUCUUUUUUCAAAUUGAACAAUUGAACACUAUUAAAUUAUGUGGCUUAACAACAACCUAUUUAUUUCAAUAUCAUCACAGGUCACAUAUACCUUUAACUGCAUUUGUCCUGAAGAAGGCUCUGACUGGUUUGAAUCAACAAAAAAACAAAGGAGGUUAAAAAAGAAGAGUUCCUCCAAAAGCACUGAGUUGUAUAAACUAUUUCUGACUUUUUUUUUUUUUAAAGUGUAACUAUAACUAACAUUGUGUACUUGUACCUACCUGCUGUGUGCUACCAUUUAAUCCACCUUUUCUGUUUUUAUAAUAGUUUGAACGCUUCUCACUCAGACUGCUGUUUGGUUUAAAUAUGCCAAAACAUAGCUUCAUGAUUCAACAACAAAUAUAUUAUCCACGUGUGACAUUGUAAUAGUGUAGACGCAUUGUGUAAACAUCAUGACUUUAAAUAUAAAGAUAUCACAUAAAUGC